CUCCCCCAAAAAGACCAAAAAUCAUUUCCGGCAAAUGGCUAAUUAUUACUCUCCCCAAUCCAAAUUCUACAACUACUACUACUCGUCGUUAUUACUCCUCUUUCUAUCCUCCCUGCCGUCCACAAUCAACUCCCAAAACAUUUCAUUAGGCUCGUCGCUCACCGCCGGCGCCAAGGACUACUGGCUCUCCCCGUCGGGGGAAUUCGCGUUCGGGUUCCAACAAGUCGCCGGCCAAGGCGACGGCUUCCUCCUAGCCAUUUGGUACAACAAAAUCCCACAACGAACCAUCGUGUGGUCCGCCAACCGGAACGAGUUGGUGCAAACCGGGUCGACGGUCAAGCUGACGAAGGAUGGCAGCUUGAUGCUCGCCGACCCUUCUGGCCGGCAGGUUUGGGGCCCGAACGGAGUUGGGCCCGGAGUUUCCUACGGUGUUCUGUACGACACGGGAAACUUUGUACUGUCCGAUCGAAAAGGUGUCGUUAUGUGGGGGAGUUUCGAUCAGCCGACGGAUACCAUAUUACCUACCCAGAUCAUAAAAAAAGGUACCGAAUUGCUAUCCAAAUACUCGUCAACGAACUACUCCACCGGGAGAUUCAAGUUCAUGUUCCAAACCGACGGCAACUUGGUGGCCUACACGACUUUCUACCCACAAACAGUCCGCAACUACGCGUAUUGGGCAAGCGCGACGAAAUCCACCGGAAACUCCGUCACCUUCAAUGAAUCCGGCAGCGUCUUCCUCUCCUCCGACAACGGAACGAUCCUCCUCUACGUCUUCACCAACCAAGAACCGACCCAAGAUCUGCACCAGAGACUGACAAUCGACCACGACGGCGUCAUUCGCCUCUACGCCUACCCAAAACAGAGCAGUACUUCCGCCGGUAGGAGAUGGCCGGCUGAAUGGACGGCGCUCAGUUUCAUGCCGGCGGACAUCUGCAGCCUGAUGCGAGCAGAUACCGGAAGCGGGGCUUGCGGGUUCAACAGUUACUGCCAGAUCGAAGAUGCCCAGUUUCCCAAUUGCAAAUGCCCAAAUGGGUAUAAGUUCUUGGAUCCUUCCGAUGAGAGCAGGGGAUGCCUGAAGACUUUGCCCCCGCAGGAUUGUUCUUCUUCGGCGGGAGAGGAGGACGGGCAGUUCGAUUUGGUGGAGAUGGUGAAUACGAUCUUCCCCUCGGGUGAUUACGAGUACUAUCAAUCGAUAUCGGAGGAUAUGUGUCGAGAUCUCUGUUUGAGCGAUUGCUUGUGCGAUGCGGUGACUUACGAGAGCGCGUCUUGCUGGAAGAAGAGGGCGCCAUUGUCUAAUGGAUACAUGGAUCAGGAGAACACAGGGAAGACUCUGCUCAAAAUUCGGAGGCAGAAUUCGACUUCUUCGACGGCGGGGGAGAGGAAGAAGAAUGAUCAAUCGAGGAAGCUAAUGUUGACUGCGGGAUGGGUUCUUCUGGGUAGCUCUGUUUUCGUUAAUUUGAUGUUUAUUGUGGGUAGCUGUCCAUGGAGGAAGAAGAACCGGAGGAUGAACCGAGUUGGGGAUGAGUCGGAUGAAGCGAUGGAAUCGGCGAAUCUCCAGAGGUUUACGUACAGAGAGAUGGAAUCGGCGACGGGAGGGUUCAAGCAAGUGCUCGGCAGCGGUGCCUCCGGCACGGUUUACAAAGGGGUUUUGGGUGAAAGAGCAGGGGAAUUGGUUGCAGUCAAGGUGCUCGACAAUAUGCCUGAGAGAGAUGGUCACGACGUGAGGGAGUUCGCCACUGAGGUGAAGAUAAUCGGCGGGACUAACCACAAGAACUUGGUGAAGCUAGUGGGAUACUGCAACGAAGGGCAGCAUCUGCUUCUGGUUUACGAGUUCAUGAGCAAUGGGUCGUUGGCCAAUUCGUUGUUUGGUGGUGGAGAAGGGACGUUUCCCAGGCCCAAUUGGUAUACGAGGACCCAGAUAGCUUACUCGGUUGCGAGAGGACUGGUUUACCUUCACGACGAAUGCAGCACUCAGAUUAUUCAUUGCGACAUCAAGCCACAGAAUAUACUACUGGAUCAAGGAAUGACUGCCAGAAUUUCGGAUUUUGGAAUAUCCAAGCUUAUGAAGACGGAUCAGACCAAGACCACUACUGCGAUUCGUGGAACCAAAGGUUAUCUGGCGCCAGAGUGGUUCAGGAAUGUGCCUGUGACGGCUAAGGUCGACGUGCACAGCUUUGGCAUUGUGCUUCUGGAGCUAGUUUGCUGCAGGAAGAAUUUUCUGCUGGAUUUCGAGAAGGAAGAGGAGAUGGUACUGGUAGACUGGGCCUAUGAUUGCUACAGCAGAGGGAAGUUGUAUAAGCUGGUGGAGAAGGAUGAGGAUGCGAUGGAGGAUUUGCAGAAAGUGGAGCGAUUUGUGAAGGUUGCGCUUUGGUGCAUUCAGGAAGAUCCUUCGUUGAGACCUGGAAUGAAGAAAGUUGUUCAUAUGUUGGAAGGAGCGGUUCUUGUAUCUGAACCUCCCGAUCCCAACUCCUUCAUGAGUGCCAUAUGAUAUGCUCGAUAUUGGUCCUGUUAGGAUUUUCGUUAUUUAAUUUGUGCAUCUUUUUUGUGAAAUUUUUUAGAAUUUAAGCAAGUACAUAUGUAUAGAAAUAAUUAAGUUUAUGAAACAACUGUAAUAUGGAUACAAAUGGUUAAGAUUCUUUGAAGUCGUGAACAUUAGGAAAAGACACAAAAGAAUUUCUAUGGUCAAUCUCGAGUCUUUGACAAUUUGAAUGAUGGAGACAAAUCAACUAUUUUCAAAAUAUAAAAGCUUAUGUCAAUUGAAUAAUCUCAUAUAUGAAUCAUAGUAAUGUAAAAAAAAAAAAAAAAAAACUUUGCACAAAAAAGUGGAAAACCUAUGCAAGUUCGCAGCGCUGGAAAAUUAAUUAUGUUUCAAACUUAGAGGUUGUUUGGAGGUUUUGAUUUAAAGUGGUGUAUUUAGCCAAUACUGCAAUGUGGAGAUUCAGUCGUUUUAUUUUUGUUUAAAUUGAUUUAUAAUACAUGUAUUUACUUUUUAAAGGCCCACCUCUAAUUCUUCAAAAUGAAGGAUUGACAAUCUCUAGCAAAAGCUGAGAUUGUAAACGAAUGAUUGUAUGUUUGUCUUUUAUUCCACUUUUGUCCCUUCUACUUUUUGUUUUUCCAACAUUACCUCACCCAUUGCUCCUCUCUCUUUGGAUAAAAGAGUUAAUGAAGGACAAAUAGUCUGUAAACCGAAAAAAUAUAGUACUGUUUUAGAUAUGUGAAAAGCACAAUCUACACCUCCAAACAAAGGAUUUUUCAAAUACAACCAUUCAAGCAAAACAUUAAUUUAGAAUGCAUACAUUAAUAGAAUUCAUCAAUUUAAAGAAUCCCAACUUCCAAACGACCCCUUAUUUAAUGUUUCAUUUGCCACAAAAUUACGAGAAUAAGAUGUCCCUAAGUUGUACGUAGGAUCUUAAUUAUCAUUUUGAUAACUUCAAUCCGUUUUAUGUAGUGUCUUAAUUAUUAAAGAAGACUUAUGUAUCUAUACAUAAGAAAUAACUAUACCUCCGUAAGUUUUACGUAAUGCAUUUGUCAUUUAUGUAACUAUUAUACAAUGUUGUUACGUAAAUCUUCCAUAAUGUGGUCUAAUAGUAAAAUCAAGUCAUAAAAAGUAUCAAAAUUUAUUAAAUUAUUAUCUAAACGUUAAUAGACAUUAUGAAACGUUUGUGUAAUGGAAAUUGCUGACAUGAUAGUUUUUUUUUAUAGUUAAUAAUCAAGGGAUCUUAGUUAAUAAUAAACAAAUUAAGUUACGAAAAGCAUCACAAUUUACUAAAUAGCUUAUGCUUAAUACAAAGUGAUGAGAUGGUUAAAAUUUAAGUUAAUAACAUAUGCCACUUUUGUGUAAUAUUUGCUUAAUUUAUACAUAUGUCACUUUAGUAUAAUACAAAUUUAUUAUAUGGUAAAAUAUUUUGUAAUAAAAAAAUUUUCAUUCAAAGUUUUUUUUUAAUGAAUUUGAGUUCUUUCAUUUCAUCAAAGUACCAUUAGUACAUGAUAAAUUUGUAAUUUACGA